UCCAGAGGCUGUGAACAUGUAUCGGUGGCUGAUCGGUCUCAAGCCUUAGCCGUUGCGUCGGUUAUUCAAGAUAUACCCGCUGGCUUAAGGAACUAGACAAGCUACUACCUCAGGCUCGUCUGUUAGUCUUAAUAUAAACAUGAGCGCACAGACGGAAUUACUGACAGCGUACAACGAGCCCAGUGAGCACUGAAAAAGCAACUCAAAUGAUGGCCAUCGAUCGUCAGAUAAGAUUAUGAUUCUAGAUCAUAACGAAGGCAAUCCAUACUAACGUGACAGACCAUUUAACUUCCGUUGUACUCGGCGGCGUAAGCUCAAACUAGCCUGCAUUGCAUCAACUCUUUGCGCCAAGCGGAAGAAAUGAAAAGGAGAUUUAAAACAGGUCGGGAAAGCGGACAGGACGCUACCUCGCAUCAUGGAUCCUACGAAUUCCAGCACCUCCUUGGCUUUUGAAGUCGCAGUAUUCAAUCCAUCCAUCAUCGUCGGACCUGUGGUGUUGGGUGCACUCGUUGAUACCUGCCUCUUCGGCUGUCUCGUCAUCCAGACGUAUGUGUAUUAUGCGAAUUUUGCCAACGACCAUCGAGCGAUUAGGUUCACGGUAGCAGCAGUCUUCGCAACACAAAUUGCACAUGUAAUGUGUGUGUCGGCAACACUGUGGAACACUGCUGUCAGCGCAUACGACGACCCUUCGAAACUUCAGAUGCUCCCAUUGGCAUCCGCCGCGACUAUUCUCUUCACUGGAAUUACAGGGGCACUCGUUGAAUCGUACUUUGCUUUUCGACUGUGGAAUGUUUCGAAAAAACUCCUUCUUCCCAUUCUCUCGAUGGUACUCUGCGUAAUAGCUCAGGUUGUCUCACUCGUGAUCACAGUGCAAGCUUUCAAAACGACAAGCGUUGCGGAAUUCGAAGUUGAUCAAAACACGCCGAUCACGCUUGCACUCACUUCGCGUGUGCUCUGUGAUCUGAUACUUACCCUGUCCACGGCGUGGUACUUGAAGAACCAGCGGUCGGGAUAUUUAAGGACGACGAACAUGAUCGACCGUUUAGUUCUGUGGACUAUUGAAACCGGUCUGAUAACCAGGUAUGAUGAAAGACGACGAUCCUGGCGUGUUUAGACUAAAGUUAUGCUGAGCCUGGUCGCAGUAGUUGUCAUAAGCUUCUUCCUAGCCAUGAAGGAGAAUUGUGAGUGAACCGGGAUCUCUAUCCUUCGCCACCAACUGAACUUUUUGUAGACAUAUGGGUUGGAUUAUAUACAAUCCUUGCGAGCGGUCUGUGUCAGCACAAUGCAUAUAUUCGGAACGCUCACUUAGAUCUUACCUCGCAGUAAACGGAAAUUCGUUGCUAGCCUUGUGAGUCAGUCUCAUUCAUUUGGCGACAC